CCGCCCCGGGAAGCCACGCCUAGAUUUUUCUUCCUCACCUUACGGCAGGACUAGGAACUCAGUUACAUUCUCCCUCCACUAGAGAGGAAUGUCGCAAGGGUGGGGAAAGAAACUCUGGGUUUGCGACCUUAGCUCUCGCUUUCCGGUCAAUACUGAGGCGCUUGAAGGCUGGUUGGGGUGGUGAAGCCUGAGGCAGGUCCAACCCAGGUCCUCCUCACACACAAUAGGCAAACGCUACCACUGAGCUGUCUCCCAGCCCACAAAAAUUGUUUUUGAAAAUAUUCACUCUGCCUGUGGACACUCCCUCCAAGCUCCUGGAAUUUCUGAGCAGCACUGGUCCGUACAAAAUGGACCCUGUAGUCUUGAGUUAUAUGGACAGUCUUCUGCGGCAAUCAGAUGUCUCACUAUUAGAUCCUCCAAGCUGGCUCAAUGACCAUAUUAUUGGAUUUGCCUUUGAGUACUUUGCCAACAGUCAGUUUUGUGAUUGCUCUGACCACGUCUGCUUCAUCAGCCCUGAAGUCACCCAGUUCAUCAAAUGUACUAACAACCCAUCAGAAAUUGCCAUGUUCCUUCAUCCCCUGGACCUUCCCCACAAGAAAGUUGUAUUUUUAGCCAUCAAUGAUAACUCUAAUGAGGCAGCAGGGGGAACCCACUGGAGUUUGUUAGUUUAUCUCCAAGAUAAAAAUAGCUUUUUUCAUUAUGAUUCCCAUAGCAGAAGCAACUCAUUUCAUGCAAAGCAGGUAGCAGAGAAACUAGAGGCUUUCUUAGGCAGAAAAGGAGACAAACUGGUCUUUGUGGAAGAGAAAGCCCCUGCUCAACAAAACAGCUAUGACUGUGGGAUGUACGUGAUAUGUAACACUGAGGCUUUGUGUCAGAACUUCUUUAGGCAACAGCCAGAAUCACUACUGCAGCUACUUACCCCUACAUACAUCACAAAGAAGAGGAAAGAAUGGAAAGAUCUCAUUGCCAGACUUGCUAAAAAUUAGCUAUUGAAGAAUAUCUGUGACUUUAGAAGUCUCCUCUUUCUGCCCUUCCCCAUUUAUUGAAUGACCCCAGUCUCAGUGCCUGAGGGAAGAUGCCUGGUAGAGGAAGCUUAAUUUUUUUUUUUUAAGAAUGUCAUCUUCUGCAUUAUCUUAGUGGAAAGUUUCACAUUAACCCUGACUUGAGAGCAAUAUAUUCUGUAAAAAUGUCUUGAAAUUAUGCACCAAAACCUUAAAACAAUCUUAACAUUUAAUAUACAUGAGGUUCAAAUAAGACUUGUGUUUUUAUUGGUGUAAAAUUAAUUCACUUGGUCUCUCUUAUCCACAUAGGCUUAUUCCAAAGGAAAAACAGUCAUCUGUAAAACAAAUCAAGUAUAUAUGAAACAUAGAGGAAUGCAAGAGAAUGAUAGAAGAACCAAAAACUUGUUGCAUGGCCUACAUAAUUAAAGAGUUCCAUUUGUUGGAAACAGAUCAAGGCCUAACUUAAUUAAUAGUAUGAGAAUCAGUUUUUCAUCUCAGUGAUAUCUUCCAUUCACUGUGCAAAGACUUUCCUGACUAUCAGCAUAAUCUUUGCAAAUAUUUGAUAAAAAUGAUGGUAGCCCAUCUUGCUCCAUCUGAUCCCUGGAAUGCUCUAAGAAGGGAAAUCUUGAGUAUCUUUGUUAAAAUAAAUGGCUGUUGUGGAUCUUUUAGUUUGUUCAGUAGACUUGCCACUCUAGAUUGAUAACAGCUUUUCUUUGCCUUGUUAGUCAUACACACAUUCUCUCCUUAUGUCCAAAGGUCUUUGGUUCUAAAACUAUAGCUGAUAACUCCCCAAGAUACCAGUUAUUUCAGAUAAAUACUUUUGAUUUUUGAUAGCUAUGGUUUUUACUCUAUCCUUAAUUUCACAGAACUGUCUUCAGUUAUAUCAUGGUAAUUUCAGGACUAUUAUGGCUGAAAUUUAAAGUUGGUUUUCUAAAUAGGAAGAAGAGUGAUCUUUCUCAGCCCACACACUUAAUUCAAAAUGCAGACAAUGUAAUUUUUAAAAUGGGGAACCAAAAACAAAAAGAAAUACUAUUCACCCAAAACCACGGAUGUGUUUUUUUCAGUUGUUUCAAAUAAUUAACAAUCAGAUGAUGAGUUGAAUACACAUAUUAAUUCUGUUCCUCAUGAGAAUUAGAUUGCAGUACCUAGGGGACUCAAACUAAAGAUUAGCUUCAGCUAUGAAACUUCUUUCAACUACCUCCCUAGCCUAACCCUGCCCCCAACUCUUAAUGGCCCCAAAUAACCUCACCACCCAGUGACCACAGAGGCAGUAACUCAGUUCCUUUUAGCCAAGAAGGGGAAAACACAGUAAGUGUAAUAUACAGAGGUUAUAUAGCUGGCCUGAGUGAAUGGGAGUUGAAACCAAAAGUCAGAAAACUACAAAAGUUUCCACUUUAGGUCAUUAUGUGUUAGAUAAAAGAGAGACCUAAUAGAAGAGGGAGACAACAAAAAGAUUAGGAAUUGGCUGUCAACCAUAGAGUGAAAUAGUAGGGGACAGCAAGAAGAAUAAAUAAUGUAAGUUGCUGAUAGGCAAUAUUUGUAAUUGUGGCUAAAGAUAAGAAAGCAAUUUAUUUUGGUGACUCAAAAAUUUUGAGUUAGGAAGCUAGUCUAGACUAUGAAAGAGUUAAAUCUCUGAGAAAACUUGUCUUUCUGAUAAUGCAAAAUAUGUUUGUUUAAAUGCCAGACUGUCUCCCAUUUGAGAGUUAAUGUAUAAUGGGAGCAGUCUUCCUAAUUCUCUGAUUCAUCACAGAAAUAAAUUAUUUUUGAACUAUAUCAA